CCAAUAUGCAUAUAAGAAAUGAACAGCUGCACAUCUCCUGAGAAUCUGAGAUUCUUUCAAUUUGCAGCACAAUUCGAAAAAUCUCAAUCCUUUCCAUUAAUUGCUAAUAAAAAUCAUUGUAAUGAAAUUAAUCCUAUAAUAAACUGGCUCUUUUCUAAAGAUCCCGAUUUCGCUUUAUCUUUUUUGCUAUUUAUCUUCAGGGCAAAGCAUUCUUUGCACGUUACCUAGAUCCAAAAUUCUCCCAGCUUUAACUUUCAUUCUGCAAAUUUUACGGUUUCAGGUGUUAAACAAUGGAAGGUAUUAUAGUUAGGAGAGUUAUCCCUUCCGAUAACUGUUGCCUCUUUAAUGCUGUUGGUUAUGUCAUGGACCACGACAAAAAUAAAGCACCUGAGCUAAGACAGGUUAUAGCUGCAACUGUGGCCAGUGAUCCAGAAAAAUUUUCUGAAGCAUUCCUUGGAAAGCCUAAUGAAGAGUAUUGUGCAUGGAUUCUUGACCCAGAGAAAUGGGGAGGUGGCAUUGAGCUUGCAAUACUGGCUGAGUAUUAUGGGCGUGAGAUUGCAGCAUAUGAUAUACAAACCACCAGAUGUGAUUUGUAUGGACAGGGAAAAAACUACCGCGAAAGAGUUAUGCUGAUCUAUGAUGGACUGCAUUAUGAUGCUUUAGCUAUGUCUCCUGCCGAAGGAGCUCCAGAAGAGUUUGAUCAGACGAUAUUUCCUGUGCAAGUGGACCGGACCGUGGGGCCAGCCGAGAGACUCGUCCUUAAUUUGGUUAAAGACCAGCAAAGGAAAAGGAGUUAUACUGACACUGCUAACUUCACUUUGCGAUGCGGUGUCUGCCAAAUUGGAGUUAUUGGCCAGAAGGAAGCAGUGGAGCAUGCACAAGCAACAGGCCAUGUGAACUUCCAGGAAUAUAAAUGAUUUAUCCGUUGCCAUAAACCUGCAAUGUUGUUUCAGCAAGUUUGACACUGUGUCGUGUUUUGUGGAAGAAGAAAACAUUUAGAUUCGUUGCAUUUUCUGAUUCCUUGUGUUUGUUGUAAUAUUGAAGAAUUUUUGGAUUUGAAAAGGAUACGUGUAGACAAUUGAAUGCAAACUUCUUUGUUUUAAGGUA